CGGCUUUGGAGUUUAUAAAGGCGACGACAGCGACCAGAGGUCGGCGGUUGGCUGCAGGAUUAAUUCCCAGAAGGGGACGGAUCGACACCUGGAUUUUACCUUCCGAUUUCUGCUGGUGCUCGGGGAAUAUUUGGAAGAGCAGGUUGCUCCAGGAGAAUCGCCGUGACGCCUCUCUUUUCUCCCUCGACCGAGAAGCGCUUGCUUGGACCAUUUGAGGAAUACAGGAGGAAAACUAAACCCACUAAGAACUGGAAGCUCGAAUAACACAAGGAUGACAGCCUUGCGCAUCUUUGGCUUGACGUUUCUGUUAAUGAUUUUGCAGCAGAGGGUGUCCGGCUCUGGCGUCUUCCAGCUGGAGCUGCACGAAUUCGUGAAUAGCCACGGGUCUCUGGCCAGCGGGAAGCCCUGCUCCCCCCACUGCAGGACCUUCUUUCGCGUUUGUUUGAAGCAUUUUCAGGCAGUGGUCUCCCCGGGCUCCUGCACUUUCGGCAGCAUCAUCACCCCGGUUCUGGGAAUAAACUCCUUCAGCAUCAAGGAUACAGAGAGAUUUGACAGCCCUAUUAAGCUGCCCUUUAACUUCACGUGGCCGGGGACCUUCUCGCUGAUCAUCGAGGCCUGGCACGCGCCCGCCAACUACCUGCCGGAAGGCUCCCGGCCGCCCUCGGAGGACUGGCUCAUCAGCCAGAUGUCGAUCCAGCGGUCGCUGUCGGUGGGCGAGGACUGGUCGCAGGACGUGCAGAGCAGCGCGCUGACCCAGCUGCGCUACUCCUACCGGGUGGUCUGCAGCGAGAACUACUACGGCGAGAGCUGCUCCCGCCUCUGCAAGCGCCGCGACGACCGCUUCGGACACUACGUCUGCGAGGCGGACGGCAGCCUGGCCUGCCUGCCCGGCUGGACCGGCGAGUACUGCACCGAGCCCAUCUGUCUGUCUGGAUGUACUGAACAGAAUGGAUAUUGCAACAAGCCUGGAGAGUGCAUCUGUCGUCCUGGUUGGCAAGGCCGCUACUGUGAUGAAUGCAUUCCCCAUAUAGGCUGCCGCCACGGGACUUGUAAAACACAAUGGCAGUGCAUAUGUGAUGAAGGAUGGGGUGGCCUCUUCUGUGAUCAAGAUCUGAACUACUGCACUCACCACAGACCAUGCAAAAACGGGGCAACUUGCAUGAACACUGGCCAGGGCAGCUAUACCUGUUCAUGCAAACCUGGCUUUACCGGUGUUGACUGCGAACAUGAGAUCAGCGAGUGUGACAGCAAUCCCUGUAGGAAUGGCGGUAGUUGCACGGAUAUGGAGAACGGUUAUCACUGCCUGUGCCCCCCUGGCUACUAUGGCACUCACUGUGAGCACAGUGCUUUGACGUGUAUAGAUUCUCCGUGCUUUAACGGUGGCACAUGCUUGGAAAAAGAACAAGGGGCCAGCUACACUUGUGUUUGCCCUUUCGGCUUCACAGGGUCAAACUGUGAAAAAAAAGUAGACAGGUGCACAAGCAACCCGUGUGCAAAUGAUGGUAAUUGCUUUUACCUUGGUCAGAUUCGUGUGUGUCGUUGUCGGGCUGGUUUCUCUGGUCAGAAAUGUGAGAUAAACAUCAAUGAUUGUGCCAGAAACCCAUGUUCCAAUGGGGGAACUUGUCAUGACCUGAUCAACGAUUACACCUGCACGUGCUUGCCAGGCUACAGUGGCAGGAACUGCGACAUCAAAACCAGAGAUGAAUGUGCUUCUGGGCCAUGUGAGAAUGGAGGCACAUGCUACAGCGGACUUUAUAGUGCCAACUUUGUCUGCUACUGUCCUUCUGGCUUCAUGGGCAACCGUUGCGAAUUGCCAGUUUAUUCAGUGCCCGUUACACUUCCUCCUAAACCAGUCCCCUGGAUUGCUAUAUCCAUGGGGGUGGGGCUGGUGGCUUUGCUCAUACUGUUCUGCAUGAUAGCAAUGGUCAUCAGGCAGAUGAGGAUGCACCCAGAGCAGGACUUGGAGACAAUGAACAAUCUGUCUGACUUCCAGAAGGAUAAUCUCAUUCCAGCUUCCCAGCUCAAAAACACCAAUAAAAAUAAAGACCUUGAAGUGGACUGUGGGCUGGAGAAAUCAAACUACAAACCCAAGAAUCAUAAACUGGACUACAAUCUGGUAAAAGACCUGACAAGUAGAGGGGCACAGGAAGAUAAAUAUUACAAAAGUGAAAAGUGUUUAGGAGAAAAGUCUCCCCUCCGACUACACAGUGAAAAGCCGGAAUGUAGGAUAUCAGCGAUAUGCUCUCCGAGGGAUUCAAUGUACCAGUCCGUCUUUGUGAUAACAGAAGAAAGGAAUGAGUGCAUCAUAGCCACAGAGGUAUAAGACUGAAGAUCAGCCCAUUUGCACCUCAGAUUUGGUAAUGCCAGUAGAUGGACGUUCCUGCUGCAUUGUUUACAAUUCAGAACUGGACUGGACUGUUUUUAAUUACAUGCAACUUGCUGCUCUCAGGCGGAGGAUGGAACUGGGUGAACUGGACAGACUGUGAAUUUAUUGAAAGAUGCAAUACACCUUUUUUUUCUUACUGCCCUUGUUUGAAGUUUGAUACCAGAAAUCUCAUUGGCUAUAGAAGAGGGGAGGCAGAGGGAAGAGAGAGGGGUUUAAAAUGUUGUUGUUUUGUUUUUAAAAGAUACUGAGGCCAGUUCCUCAUGGACAGACCCCUGGCUUUCCAGAACUCUGGUUAUGGGAGGUGCCGGUAGAUGAGGAGGCACUUAACUAUCACAGAUGUUGCCAUGGAAGGUGUGAAGACAAACACAUUGCUAUGCAGAUAAUGGAUACAGUAUAAACGAGGUCUCAAUUUUUUCUGGGUUCAAAAGUGCCUAAAAUCUGUCACGAGAAUCUAACAAGCCCAAACAGAGACUUGACUGCUCUUUUUGCAGUUACCCGAACAGUAUCGGGCAGGGGUGGUUGAUACUUCCUGCUACACAUCUAUUUGUGUCUCCUCUCUCCUGCUGCAUGUACUGGAGACUGUGUAAGGGGCGAGAGGAGGAAGGAAAGAGGAAUACCGAAUUUACAUGCCAUCUCAUUUGGUGAUGCUUUGGAGAACUGAUUGACCCAAGCCACAAUAUGGGACAGGAUUUUUGUGGAUUUAAACAUUCGAGAAGGAAAAGUUGGAAUGUGUACUGCCUCUUCCCCAUUGAUAAGGAGGAGGCGUGAUCCCAGCUCUAUUUAAAGCCUUACAAAUGCGUUUAAAAUCAAUCAGCUCCUCGAACCUUUACGUCCUGAGCUGUCUCAGCUGUUUUCAGGCCCUUUGCACUACCAGUGAUUGUGAAUAGACAUUACUUUUUUCUUCUCCUUCCUCAUUCUCUCCCCCCGCCUUAUUUCAACACAAAUUUGGGGGUUUAUGUUGUGUUUCUGAAUUAGGUGCCACCUUCUA